AUGGAUCAACCCUUGAUUCCUGAAUAAGGUCCAUUUUAAGGAACAACUCUACAUUUCUAAAGACACAUCUUCUAUUGGAAAAGAUGGACUUAUUUUUAAUUCUUUUUUUUAAUCCUCUCUACUUUACUUGGAGUUUGUUAUAUUUCAGAAAAUAAAUAUUAAAUCAAAGAAGAUUACACACCUAUUAUUGUAGGAACACUAAACUUAAUUCAAAUUAUUGUUUAUGUUGUGUGGAGAUGUACUCUAAAAUAAAAAGUAUUUUUAUAUUUUUGACCAUCAGAAUGACUUUAUUAAGUUAUCAGAAUAUUUAGAUUCCUAAUAGACUGUUGAUUAUGAAUGGCGUGAUGAAUUUGAUAUGCAUUAUUGUAAAAUAUUCUCUCUUAUUAGAGAUUACAGAUACACUAUUUACUCAAUCGAUAUUCAAAUGCAAUUGAAAUUGGGAUAUCUCUUUCGAAUUUAUGUAAUCCAUACCACUAUCUAUUAGAUGUACAAAUCUUAUUGUUAUGCCAUCCCAAUUUUACUUUAGAUCAUAGCCAUCAUCCUUAUUAUUUAUUUCUUUGAUUAUACACACAUUGAUCAAUGGCAAUAUUUCACAUUUCUUGCCAUAACCUUUCUCGUUGUAGGUUUUGAUAUCUUUGCAUUAAUUACUUACCCCUUUUAUUAUAUUCCUAAAUAUAUUCUUACUUUUUGCAGAAGAAAAAAACAUAUCAAACCAUACAAUCCUAGUACAUUUGAUUAGUCAAAUUCUUAAUGUGCCAUUUGUCUUAUAGAAUAUCAAAAAGGUGAUGUUUUAUACAUACUCCCUUGCAAUUCUAAACAUUUCUUCCAUCAAUGGUGUAUUCUAAAUUGGAAACAAUAUCAAUCAAUUUGCCCUUUUUGUAGAGCAGGUUUUGAAUAUUUGGAAUGAUUAAUGAUGAUAUCUACAUCAUUACUUAUUUAAAGUCAAC